GGCUUUAGAUAUGGAAGGAAAAGGAUCGGAUCGCUCUUCUAUGUCCAUAAGCAGCUUUACAUAGGGACAGCUGGACGAAUAUGCAGCUAUGAUAUCAUGAAAAACGAAAUAGUAAUGGAGUAUGAGCGGCAAGGGAUCACUAAUCUGCCAGUGAUGCACAACAGCACAUAUUUUGUUUGUUACAUGAACUGCAAAUUUUGCAUCUAUCAAUACGGCACGUUGCAUCCUGUGCAUGUACUUGAAGUGGAGGAGGAAGUGCUGAGUUUUUGCGUUCUGGGAAACAUUUUGGUAUUCUUGAACAAGAACGGUCAGGUUUUGUUUUUUGACCUACGAGAAAGAACAUUGAUGGAGAGCAGUUUGAACAUAAAGAAGGCACACACAGUCCGUGAUGUGAAUGGAGAGUUAUACGUUUUAACGAGCAAGAAAUUAGUAUACCGGUAUGAUAUCAGCAUUGUGCCAAAGAAAAGUGGAGGUGAAACAAUUUCUAUGUUGAGUGCUGAGAAACAGAGUGAAAAAGCUGAUGAGGAGUAUCACAUGAACAAAGAGGUAGCAAGCGGUCGAACCACGGUCUUGAAUGAUGAUUUAGUAGGCGGGAGGUGUGUAGCACAGGAGAACGAGGAACAAGGAGGCGUAUGUUCUGGUGAUGGGAGAGAGAACGAUGCAACAGAAUUUAAGCAUUCGAUACCAUCAAAAAAUGUUGAUAACACAUCCGCAACAAGGACAAGCAGACAAUUAUUGAAGAUCAGAGAUUUGCAACCUGUAAGCGUGAAGGUACGGGCUAUCACGUGGAUAGGAAAAGAUAUUUACGGAAUAGAUACGAGCAAUAAAGUUAUAUUGAUGGAGAAAUCUGCGCAUAAAAUGGUGUUUUUGUGUUAUCACAGAAAUGAAAUCAUGCAGAUAAAGCUUUGUGGAGAUGUUAUUUUCACCCUAUCAGAAGACAAGUUGAUAGAAUGGAAGGUGAUAGGGAGAAGAAACGUUCUGGGUGCUAUAAAUAGUAAAGAACUAAUACUUGUGAACAGCAAGGAUUUACAGGUGAAGACACGUGAUAUGUGUUUGUUUGGCAGUUCAAUUGUGUUAGUGGAUUGUGAGGGUGUAUCAAUGUACAGCAUAGACACGCUAGAGUUAGAAAAGACGAAAAAAAUGGAGAAUGUAUCUGCAGUUUGCACAAGCACAAGCUUUUUUGGGGUUGCGCGAAAUAAUGAACUGCAUGUCAUGGAUAGAUCGUGGAAUGUGAAGUGCACUGUAACAGAUGAGUCAGAAAUAGUGUUCAUCAGAUUCAGCGGAGAUGAAAAACUGGUGGGAAUAUCGAAUUACAACAACAAGAUCAAUAUCUACAAGGUGCAUAGCAUGGAAUUGGUUAUGAGUCUCUAUGGCCAUUCUCUGCCUGUCCGCUGUUUUGACUUUAGUAACGAUAGCAAAUCAGUGGUCAGCUGUUCAGCAGACAAGUUGGUGAAGUUGUGGGGAACUGAGUUUGGCGAGUGCAGAAAAACGUUUUAUGUCAACUCAUCCAGCGUAAUGUUCAUGAGACACAACAAGGACAUGUUUUUGGCAGCCGACAAUGAUAUCCACUGCUAUAAGAAGAACGAAAUUAUCAAGCGGUAUAAGAACUUUGACAUAAAGCUGUUUGAUUACAACGAUGAGUAUCUUGUAGCUGCUGGCAAAUACUGCGUGUAUUUAUAUGAAAUGGAUAGGUAUGAGUUGGUGAGGGAUACCAGCUCGGAGUCAGAGGACGAGUUGGAAAUAGAAAAUAUUGGGGCAUAUGACAAGUUCCACAAGGAAUUGGAAAAGAGCAGAGAAGACAACAGCUAUGAUACGUUAUUUGGCGUCAUCAAGGAGCUGGGUCUAGGAGACGUGGGUGGUAUUGUAUCCGGACUAGAUAAUAGUUCGCUGUAUCUUGUUCUACGGGCACUGGAAAGUAAUAUCAACUAUAACAUAGUGCUGGCAACUAAGCUGUUUUUUAGCAUUGUAGAACAUCAUAGGAAUUUUGCUGCAGAGAAUCAGCUAGCAUAUAAGGUUUACAGAGAAAUAAAAUCACGGAUAGAAGCGUUGAGACGAUUAAUCAAGGAGAACAGACAUAAAAUGAGCACAGUUGAUGAGUGAAUGCUUUGAAUGGCUUAUGAUAGGUUGAUUAAAAACAAAUAUGUCAGUA